CCUCGACUCCCAAGUCCAACCAAACCGCAGUCCGCCUUCCCUCGCGCCGCGCCUUACCCUCCCACUCGCGCCACAAGCCCCACAGAGCAGGCGACCCCGGCGGGCGGCGGCGAUGGCGGACGACGACUACAACGACAUGGACAUGGGGUAUGAGGAUGAGCCCCCAGAACCAGAGAUUGAGGAGGGGGCUGAGGAGGAGCUUGAGAACAACAAUGAGGACGCUCCUGAUGAUGUGGUAGGGGCAGAAGUUGAAGACAAGGAACAAGAAAAGAAGGCACGCGAGCGGAAAACAUCGAAGUAUAUGACAAAGUAUGAGCGUGCACGCAUUCUUGGUACACGUGCUUUGCAGAUUAGCAUGAAUGCUCCAGUUAUGGUCGAGCUUGAAGGGGAAACUGAUCCUCUUGAGAUUGCCAUGAAAGAACUGAGGGCACGCAAGAUCCCAUUCACAAUCAGGCGAUAUUUACCAGAUGGAAGCUACGAGGAUUGGGGUGUUGAUGAACUCAUCGUGGAGGACUCCUGGAAACGUCAAGUCGGUGGGGACUAAUGCAGAGUGCUUGCUUGACAUGCAAAUCUAAUAUCCGGGAGUGAAGGUUAUACCUAGCGCUGAGUUGUGUGGCUGCAGCGAUGGACUGUCCUGCAACUGUAAUGCGACCUUAUUGUGUGGUGCCCUUGUCCUGGUACUGUCCAUUUUUAUGGUUCCAUACUUCCAUCGGUCCUUUGGAGUUAGGAGUUAGGGGCUAUUGCGUUCUUGCCCCUGUUUUGAAAUCCAAUUGUGAUUUUAUCUUUACUUUCUUUCACUUUGCAUUUUUACCCUUGCUGUUUGGAAACGAAGCUUUAUCUUACCCCUACUCCAUGAAUAGCACAUAAUAGUGUCAAAGAAGAUAAUUUUGGCUUUGCGAAUA